GUUCGCCAAUGGCAUUUGUUUCAUUAAACCUGAAAAAUCCUCACGGGACCAAAAACAGAACAUAGAAACCGAGACCAACGCCGAGUUCAAUUCUGCUCCACUGCCAUUUGACCUCUCUCUCUCUAAAAAGUUCUUAAUUUUUCCAUUGAUGAAAGCUGAACCUAGCCAAACUUGUUAUGUAAUAACAUAUUCGAAGAUGAUCCAAUUUGUUUAAUUUUUUUUUUUUUUGUGCAAAAACGAAGUGCCAACCAACCUGUAUCUAUCUUUCAAUCACUCAAUUUCCACUUCAUCAUCAAAACCAGAAAGCUAAAGCCCCAUCUCUACUGCUUUUGCUUUAGCCAAAGCUAAGCCCUUUAAUCAUCAUCCGUGGGCAAAUCUUCUGUUUCAGCUUCUUGUUUCUUCUGUGUGUUUCCUGGUGUUUUUCUUUUAAUAAAUGAGAUAAACCCACCAAGAAAAACAGAGGGUUCUAUGUUAAGAUGAGGAUAUUACAUAAUGGCAGACAAUCUGAAAAAAGUCUCUUUUUCAAAUACUACAAAUGGGUUCUUUGGUUUUCUUUUACCCUCUAUUUUCUCACCUCUCUCUUCAUUAGUAACAAGUCAAUCUCUUGGUCAAAAACCCGUGUUUCUGGUUCCCAAUCCUCCUUAGCUUCUCGUAUCUUGCUUGAAUCUGUCAACAAAACUAGUCAUAAAUCCAAACCCAAUCCAGCUUCGUUCAAAGACCUUAAGAUAUACAUCUACGACUUGCCAUCAGGAUACAACGAAGACUGGCUUUCCAACAAGCGGUGCAGCAACCACUUGUUUGCCUCGGAGGUGGCUAUUCACAGAGCCUUGAUGAACACCUACGACUUGAGAACAUUCAACCCUUACGAAGCUGAUUUCUUUUUCGUUCCUGUUUACGUCUCCUGCAAUUUCAGCACUGUUAAUGGUUUCCCUGCCAUUGGCCAUGCUCGCUCUCUUUUAUCCUCCGCAAUCCAAUAUAUCUCCACAAACCACCCUUUCUGGAACCGCUCCCUAGGUUCCGACCACAUCUUCGUUGCCUCCCAUGAUUAUGGAGCCUGCUUCCAUGCCAUGGAGGAUAGAGCUAUUGAUGAUGGGAUUCCAGAGUUUUUGAAGAACUCGAUAAUAUUACAAACUUUCGGGGUUAAAUACAAGCACCCUUGUCAGGACGUAGAAAAUGUUCUUAUACCGCCUUAUAUACCGCCGGAAAGUGUAAGGAAGACCCUCGAGAAAACUCCGUUGACCGGGAACCGAGACAUCAUAGUCUUUUUCAGGGGCAAAAUGGAGGUCCACCCCAAAAACAUUAGUGGAAAAUUUUAUAGCAAGAGGGUGAGAACGGAAAUUUGGCGAAGAUUUAAUGGAGACCGGAGGUUUUACUUGCAAAGACAUGGCUUUGCUGGUUACAAGUCAGAGAUUGUCCGAUCGGUUUUUUGUUUGUGUCCACUUGGGUGGGCUCCCUGGAGCCCAAGGCUUGUUGAGUCCGUGGCUUUGGGCUGCGUUCCGGUGAUUAUAGCUGAUGGAAUCCGGUUACCAUUUCCCUCCACCGUGAAGUGGCCAGAGAUUUCACUCACAGCGGCGGAAAGGGACGUUGGGAAGCUAGGGAGAAUCCUGGAAGACGUAGCGGCGACUAAUUUGUCAACCAUUCAGAGGAACUUGUGGAACCCAGCUGUCACGCGGGCCCUACUGUUCAAUGAUCCGAUGCAAGAAGGGGAUGCCACAUGGCAGGUUCUCGACUCGCUUUACCGUAAGCUAGACCGAUCGUACAGAAGGUCAAAGGUUUCAAGCCAAUAGGAAGAAAACACGUCAGAUGGGUUAGAUAUGGGCGAUUGAGUUGCCAGCUAAGGAGGUGCUCUUCCCAACAAGGAUGCGAUUGCAUGCUGCAUGGGGUUUAUAAUGGAGGACAGCUCGGAUGGAAUUUUAUUUUUAUACGGUGACUCGUUGGGGCCACUUAAAGCAUCGGAGAAAUGCUUAAUACUAGUAAAUAUAAAAGGGUAUGGCAUUUGUAAAUGGUUAAAGAAUAUAAUUUUUUUUGGUAUAUAAUACACAUUAGAUAGUUUUAGGGACAACACAAGACAGCCCAUCUGGCCAUCCACUUAAAUCUAUUUUGUACAUUUUCUUUGAAGUGAUUACUUUUGAGAAAUGCCCAAAUCCUGCAAAAGUUUGGAAAAGCACAUACCUUGAAUAGAAAAAUGUGAUUAAAACUAAAAAAAUUAGCUUUUGUUAUGGGGAGAAGGGAAUUGCCCUGCAAAUGGCUUGAAACGAGGGUAGUUUCUAUGGAGAAGAAUUUGUCAGAGGAGAGAGAGUUAAAAUAGGCCAUAGUGAAGAGCUAAAAAUGUCUGAGUGCCUCAAAGAAAGGGUAGUGGGGGGCACUUGGUGGAGUCUCUGGUCACGAAACACGUUGUCAUGAAAACUAACAAACAGAACCAUGCAUUGCUGGGUUAACUGGGCCCAACGCCAUAUUGUUGAUAGCUGAAUAGGUUUUGAAUUUCGGGGUUCUUUUCAUUUUCCGGUGUCAGCAGCAACGGCUCCUUCGUUGUUUGUUUCACUGCAUUUGUACUUUGUUUGCUGCUUCAUUUGUUUUGAGUGAUCGACGAACCUUGAACUUAAAAAGAGACUUCUAAUUCUAUUGAAAUCACUUGAUAGGAAGAUCAGGUUCUGCUUCCUGUGGUAAAACCAGUGUUUCUUACGGCAUCGUAAAGGCGCUCGUUGUGAAAAAUUUUGCUACUGUCAGCUCAAUAUUGGUAAAAAACAGUGAUUCUUAUGGCAUCAUUCCAACUCUUAUGAAUGAUGCAACUGAAGGGAGUUGAGGAAAACUUUCCUCUCUAUAUUGUUUGGUCUAAAUGGUUCGACGAAAAAGAAAAAUGAAAUCUAUACUCUGUUUUCUGAGGUGCCAAAAUCAGCUAGAUUAAUUGACAAUUGACCAAGUGCAGCAAUAUGAAAAAGAUCCGACCUGCCGGAUUCGAACCAGCGACCUAAGGAUUAUCUGUUGGAUUAUUCCCACUACAGUCCUCCGCUCUACCAACUGAGCUAAGGUCGGUUUAUUCAAAGAAGCCUUGACCAAAAAUACAAAAAGCAACA